AUGUCGUUUAAAUAUACUUUUUUUUUGGUGUUUGAGUUAUUAUUUUUAUUGAAAAUUAAUAUAAAUUUUUUUUUUUUGAAAAGCGAAAAAAUUAAUUUCCGUAUAAAUUCAUCAAUAAAUAACCAUCCUUUUUUUAUUAAUAAUGUAUCAGGAAAAAUAAAAAAGUCCUUAAAUAAAAAAUGGUGUAAAUAUUUGUAUUUCAAAAAAAAAAGCAAUAAUGAUUUGAAUAUAAAUAAGAUAUUUCAUGAAGUGAGAAAAAAAUGUUUAAGGAAAACGAAUAGCAUUUUUUUUAAUUCAGAAAAUAAUAAUUUUAAUGAAGAAGCAAACAAAGAAGAAAAUGGAAUAUUAAUUGAAGAAGUAGAAAAUAGCAAUUCAAACAUAAAUAGGAAGGAUGAUAAUAUAAAAGAAGAAAAAGAGGAAAAAACAAAAUUGGAUAAUAUGAAUAAUAUAAAAAAAAGUAUGAAAUUGAUUAAAGGAGAAUAUUAUGAUAUAGAAAUAUGUGAAAUAUUGUCAAAAAGCUUUUUAUCAUAUGCUAAUUUUUUAAUCCUUAAUAGAUGCUUGUGUGAUUAUCGUGAUGGUUUAAAAACAGUUCAGAGAAGAAUCAUUUGGAGUAUGUAUGAAAUAAAUAAAGGAAUACAUAAAAGUGGUUAUAAAAAAUGUGCAAGAAUUGUUGGUGAAGUUAUAGGUAAAUACCAUCCACACGGAGAUAAGAGUGUAUAUGAUGCCUUAGUAAGGUUAGCUCAAAAACAUCAUAAUAAUAAUUUAUUAAUAAAAGGUUAUGGUAAUUUUGGUUCAGUUGAAUACAAUGCGGCUGCAAUGAGAUAUACUGAAGCAAAAAUUUCGAGUUUUUGUCAUGAUGUAUUGCUAGAUGAAAUAAAUGAUGAAAAUAUAGAAUAUAUGAGAAAUUUUGAUGGAAAUGAAAAAGAACCAAAAGUGUUAUGUAGUAAAAUCCCUCUCUUGUUAAUCAAUGGUUGCUCAGGUAUUGCUGUUAGCAUAUUAAGUAAUAUUCCUUGUCAUAAUUUAAUUGAUGUUAUUAAUUGUUCUAUUAAUUUUUUAAUGAAUCAUAAUAUAACUAAUGAUGAACUAUUUAAUAUCAUAAAGGGACCUGACUUUCCAACAGGUGGCAUAAUUAUCAGCAAAAAAAAUGUUCUUAAAAAUAUAUAUAACACUGGAAAGGGAAACUUAUUAAUAAGAAGUAAUGUAUUUUAUGAAUAUACUAAAGAUAACAAAGUAUACACAAAUCAUAUAAACGAUUUAUCUUCAUUAGAUGCGUCUGAUUUUGAUAAAGGAAGCAAGAAAUUGAUAAUAAAGAAUUUGCCUCCAAAUGUAAAAUCUAAUGAGUUAAUUGAAAAUAUUAUUAAUUUAUUAAAUGAAAAAAAAAAUGAACAUGAUAAUAUAUUAUUGAAAAUAAGAGAUGAAAGCGAAAAAGAAGAUAUGAGAAUUGUUUUAGAACUUAAAAAACAUAGUCAAGUGGAACAAAUUCAUAAUUUUCUAUUAUUUUUAUUUAGAUAUACACAAAUGGAAAUAAAUUACCAUUGUAAUUUUGUUUGCAUAGGUUGUGAAAAUAGUUACACACAAUUUUCCUUAAAAUCUUUUAUUCAAUUGUGGUGUGAAAACAGAAUAAAAUUUAUAAAAAAAAAUUAUCAAAUAAAAAAUAAUAAUUUGCUAAAAGAAUUAAACAUAAUAAAUUUGUAUCUUAUUAUACAAAAAAAAAUAGUUGAAAUAAUUACAUUUUUUCAGAAAAAACAAGAUAUUGAAGAAAUAAAAAUGUUUUUAAAAAAAAAUUUUCAACUAAACGAUGAACAAAUUAGAUAUAUAUUAUCAAUGAAAAUACAAAAAUUAAUAAAUAUAAAAAAUGUCGAUUUUUUGAGUCAAAAAAAUAAUAUUAUUAAUCAAAUACGAUUAAACGAAGAAUUAAUUAAUGAUAUUGAAAAAAUUAAAAGAGUAAUCAUAGAAGAAUUAAUACAUAUAAAAAAUAAGUAUGGAAUAAAUAAAAUAAAUAAAAAUUCAUUUCCAACAAAAAUUAAAUAUGUAUAUACAUAUUUAAGUAAUAACAAGGAAAAAAAUAAGGGAAACAUUAAUUUAUUAGAUAAAAAUGAUAAUGAAGAGAAAAUAAAAAUGAAAAUAAAAGAAAAAGAAAGUGAGAAUAAUGAUGAAGAUAUAUAUAUAAAAAAUGAAUUGUUUAAAGAAGAAAUUAAUCAUAAUUUUAACAAUGAAAAAAUGAAAGAUGUAAAGAAUAACAAUAUAAAGACACAAGAAAACAUAAAUGAUAAUAAUAUGGUCAUAAAUGAUAUGAACAAAGAAAAUGAUAAGUUAAUGAGUGAUGAAAAAAAAAUAUCAAGUAGUGUAAAGAAAAAUGAAAAUGAAAUAAAAAUAAAUGAUAUGAAUACAAAUAUAAGAAAUGAAGAAGAAAAUAUUUGUGAUAAAUCAAAUAAAAAAAUUAGUAUAUUGGAUAAUUGCAUUGAUCCGAAUAAAACAAUAAAAAACAAUAUAAUUUUAAAAAAGAAUGAAAAUUCAAUAAAAGUUAUAUCAAAUAUGCAAUAUAGAAAUACUUAUAUAGAUUCACUAGAUAGUAAUAUUAAAGACAUUUGUAACAAUGAAGAAGUAAUAAUUUUAAUUACUUAUGGUGGUUAUGUAAAAAAAAUAAAGAUAAAUGAAAAGUUGAAAAAUCAUUUAAAUAAUAUUAUUAAAUUAUCAAAUAUAAAGUAUAUUUUAAAGGAAAAUGAAGAGAAUCUAAGUGAAAGAAAAAGAUUUAAACAUAAAGACAAGGAAUGCGAAAAUAAAUUAAGUGAAAAUAAUGCAAAUAUAAUUGAUGAUAAAAAAAAUAAUAGUUAUAAAAUAAAAAAAAGUAUUAUUGUUAGGAAUAAUGAUAAAAUAUUAUUAACAGAUAGCUUAAAUAAAGCAUUUAUUUUAAAUGUAGGUGACUUAAAUUUAUCUUCUUAUGAUUCUAAGGGUACUGCAAUUAAUCAAAUUGCUAAUUGCUCUAAAAAUAUAACAGGAUUAAUAAAAUAUGAUGAAAAUAAAAAAUACUUAAUUGUAUGUAGUGAAAAUGGGAAAAUGAAAAUAAUAAAUAAUGAUGUUUUUUUAAAAAAAAAAAAAAAAGGAAUAAAACUUUUUAAAAAUAAACAAAGUAUACAUUUUAGCUAUUGUAAUUUUAAUGACAACUGUAUAGUAGGAACAAAAAAGGGAUAUAUUAUACAAUUUCCUUUGAACAAUUUUAAAAUAUCUAAAAAAAAUUCUUUAGGUAAUAAAUGUAUAAAUCUAAGUAAAGAUGAUAAAGUUGUUGAUUUGUUAUCUUAUGAAAAAAAUGAAAAAAAUUUAAAAAAUUGCAAAAUUAUAUUUCUAUCAAAGAAUGGAUUUGGUAAAAUGAUUAAUUUAAGUGAAUUAAAAGUACAAAAAAAAAAAGGGAAAGGUUAUAAAAUAAUGAAAUUAAAUAAAAUAAGAAACCAAAGAAAAGUAGGUAACUUAAUUUCAGAUAAUUAUAAGGAAACACAAGAUGAAAUUAUAUUAAAGAGUGAUGAAGAGACUCUAAAAGAAUCAACUCAUUUCAACAAAAUAGAUGAAUUGCAUAAGAAAGAAAGUGAAAGUGGAAAUGAAAGUGAAAAUGAAAAUGAAAAUGAAAGUGAAAAUGAAAAUGAAAGUGAAAAUGAAAAUGAAAGUGAAAAAGAUUCAAGCAAAAUAUAUGAUGGUGAAAAUGCCAAUAAAGAACACAUAAUGAAAAACAAAGAAAAAAUUAAUGAUAUAGAAAAUGAUGAAUUUUUAGGUUUUAAAUUAUAUGAUACUUCAAAAAAAAAAGAAAAUGACUUACUAAUUAUGAUUACAGACCAUGCUGUUCUUAUUAGAAAAAAUAUGUCUUUAUUAAAAAAAAAAAGUAGGAAGCAUUCAUCUCAUAUUUAUGCUAAAUUAAGUAAAAUAAAUAAACUAGUGUAUUUUGAUAUUUACUAG